GGCUAGGCCGGGUUGCAUCGCAGCAUACAGCAUUUUGGGUGGCAAACACAAACACCUCACUAAAUAGUAAAAACCCAUUCAUCCCUCCACUCAUUCCCCGACUCCCUCGCUCACACAAUGGACCUCCGUCGCCGCCCUCCUCCGCCCUCCCCCAACAAGAGGGACUCACCCUCCGCCUCCGCCCCCAAGGCCUCCGACGCCCUCCCCCUCCCCCUCUACCUCACCAACGCCAUCUUCUUCACGCUCUUCUUCUCCGUCGCUUACUUCCUCCUCCACCGCUGGCGCGACAAGAUCCGCUCCUCCACCCCCCUCCACGUCGUCACCCUCUCCGAGAUCGCCGCCAUCUUUUCCCUCAUCGCAUCCUUCAUUUACCUUCUCGGUUUUUUCGGCAUCGACUUUGUCCAGUCCUUCAUAACGCGUGCUUCUACCGAGGCCUGGGACCUCGACGACGCCGUUUCGAACCCCUCCCUCCCCAAACCAGCCCUCCCCGAACCCUCCAUUUCCUCCCAGGAUGACGACGACGACAUUGUGGCAUCCGUCGUUGACGGCUCCACGCCUUCCUAUUCGCUCGAGUCGCGCCUCGGGGACUGCCGCCGGGCCGCGGCGGUGCGGCGGGCGGCGCUGCAGCGGACGGCGGGGCGGUCGCUGGAGGGGCUGCCGCUUGAGGGGUUCGACUACGAGGCGAUUCUCGGGCAGUGCUGCGAAAUGCCGGUGGGGUACGUGCAGGUUCCGGUGGGGGUGGCGGGGCCGUUGCUUCUGGACGGGUUUGAGUACACGGUGCCCAUGGCCACCACGGAGGGGUGUCUUGUGGCCAGCACCAACCGCGGCUGUAAGGCUAUUUAUGCGAGCGGUGGGGCCAGCAGUGUCGUUCUGAGGGAUGCCAUGUCCAGAGCGCCGGUUGUUAGGUUUUCAUCUGCCAAAAGGGCUUCUCAGUUGAAGUUCUUCCUUGAGGAUCCUCUCAAUUUUGACACCCUCGCUCUUGUUUUCAACAGGUCGAGUAGAUUUGCUAGGCUGCAAGGUAUUCAUUGUGCUAUGGCCGGGAAGAACGCUUAUUUGAGAUUCACUUGUAGCACAGGUGAUGCCAUGGGGAUGAACAUGGUUUCCAAAGGGGUGCAGAAUGUUCUUGAUUUUCUUCAAAAUGAUUUUCCUGACAUGGAUGUUAUUGGCAUCUCUGGAAACUAUUGUGCGGACAAGAAACCGGCUGCAGUAAAUUGGAUCGAGGGACGUGGGAAAUCAGUUGUUUGUGAAGCAGUUAUCAAGGAAGAAGUGGUGAAGAAGGUAUUGAAGACCAAUGUGGCUGCUCUGGUGGAGCUUAACAUGCUCAAAAACCUUGCUGGUUCUGCCCUUGCUGGUGCUCUUGGUGGAUAUAAUGCCCAUGCUAGUAACAUCGUUUCUGCCAUCUUUAUAGCCACCGGUCAAGACCCAGCUCAAAAUGUUGAGAGUUCCCAUUGCAUAACCAUGAUGGAAGCCGUCAAUGACGGGAGGGACCUUCACAUCUCAGUGACAAUGCCUUCUAUCGAGGUGGGUACUGUUGGGGGUGGGACUCAACUUGCGUCCCAGUCUGCUUGCUUGAAUUUGCUUGGUGUGAAGGGUGCGAGCAAGGAGUCACCAGGAUCGAACUCAAGACUCUUGGCCACCAUUGUUGCUGGAUCUGUUUUAGCAGGAGAGCUGUCUCUGAUGUCUGCCAUUGCAGCAGGGCAGCUAGUCAACAGCCACAUGAAAUACAACAGAUCAAGCAAAGAUGUAACCAAAAUAUCGUCUUGAGACCAGGGACAGAGACGUGGUUGUAGUCAUUAAUUGUGGAGUCAGUCUAGAAUAAAAACUUGAAUAGGGAAUCUUGGAAGCAUUAGAUUAGAUUGUUGGCAUCCACGUUUGGCUCUGCAUUGCUGUCUAUAGAUCUUGUAUUAUUUGGAGAGAGGAAGGUAGAGUUGUACUCUACCUGUUCCUUGUCCCCUUCUGGACCCUGCCUUUCAUGUACACGUUCCAUUGCAUGUUCUGCCGAGCCAUUAAAUGGGUGUUGACACUCGUUUUCUCCUCGACCAAGACAUUUGCCGUGUUGUAUUGUAAUUCUUUUCCCCUAUAUAAUAUAAUAUGCUACCAGUGUCUCUCGUGUAUGUAUUGGAUUCCAUUAUUUAAA